AUGCAUUCAAGGACCAGACAGUCUGUUUCUCAGCUGUCGCCGACCCAAGGAUCAUCAAGCCGGACACCUAGGACUAUCCCAGUGACUUAUCCGGACAGUAUGGCCUUCAGAUCUGCACCCAUGGAUGAUUUGAUCAAUCCCAAUUUCUGCUUGACCUCAAUCAAUGGCUCGCGCCGAUAUCCAGGAUCAAGCACCGGCUCUCUCUCCACUGGAUACUACCCUGACAGUGAUGAUUUCAUGAUGUCGGCAUCUUCAGCGAUGAACUACCCUUCAUUGACUGCCCCGGACAACUCAUUUGCUCUUGCCGUGACUUCCACCCAUGGUGGCUUUGAUACCGACCCGGUAUAUGAGUUCUUGACAGAUGAUGUCCUGUCAGAGAACUCCUUCACGGAAAUGAAUCUUGUUUCGUCACAUUAUCCCGGACAAAUCCAGACCCAGGAUAUGAUGAAUUCCGGAUAUAUGCCAGCGGAUCUGUCCCCUUAUGACUCCGGAAUGAUGAACAAUGCCUAUUCCAUGGACAUACCCCUUGCGAAUCCGCCUUUGACGCCACCGCCCGAGGAACAAGUCCACCAGGAACUAUUUCAACAACGAUGUCUGUCAGGCCAGAAUUUCCUGGAUGACUCGUACCACGUGGACCAUGACAUGUCCUACUACGAGGCCAACACUAUGUCGAAAACCUAUUCAUACAGCCCUCCACGACGUAAUGUGAUCCAACCAAGGCCAAUUCGAUCUGCAUCCGAACGUGAUGGUGCCAUUGGUGAAUCUAACACCCGCGGCCAUGAUACCCGGACUCCCCAGGAUGAGCCAUCUGGAGACAAAGUCAAGGCCAGAAAUGAUCCCUUGUAUGAUGCCAGGCCGGAUUCGAAUGGAUUCUACCACUGCCCCAUGUCUGAAGAGCACAAGUGUACCUCCCACAAACCGACAAGGCAAAAAUGCAUCUACAACAAAUAUCUGGAUUCCCAUUUAAGGCCGUAUAGGUGCAAGUUCGCCGACAGACCAGAGUGCGAGGACGCCAGAUUUUCUUCCAACGCCUGCCUUUUCAGGCAUGAAAGGGAAGCCCAUGGACUCCACAACCACGGAUUGAAUCCCUUCUUGUGCAAUUUCCGGGAGUGCGAGAGAUCCAAAGCAGGAAACGGAUUCCCUCGCCGUUGGAACCAACGUGAUCACAUGAAACGCGUGCAUGACUACGACGAGAAAGACUGUCCCAAAGAUCGAAAUACCACUGCGGAUCAGGCCAAACGGCGAAAGAUUCAAACAUCCCCCGGCUCGGCCCCAAUGAAAAGAUCUGGAUCUUCGGCAUACGCCAAAGUGCAAGUGAUCGCAGGUGCUGCCUUCAACUCCCGUCAUGGCCGUGUUGUCAACCAGGCACGAUACAAUGCUCCAGCCAUGUACUCCGAUCAGUUGAAGGGAUGCAACAUGAUGACAACCCCACUGGGCAAUGUCCAGUACUCGAACAUUCCCAACGUGUCACGGUGCUUGCCGUCUCGAUCCAAGGGUUAUCCUGGUUGA